AUGACGAGCAGUAUCAAUGAAAUCUUUGACAUUGAUGAAUCCCGUCUCGGAAGAAACACCCUUGUUUACUUUCGAAAGACAAAACAAGAAAAAGGAAUUGGCGUAAAGACUAAUUGGAUUAUGCACGAGUUCACUGUAGAUGAGCGUUUACUUCCUCUCUCAGACGGUGCAUCAUUGGACAAGAAGGCGAAUGACAUUGUGCUUUGCAGAAUCUAUGAAAAUAGCGAAAAUAAAAAACAAAGGAAGAAUGAAAUGAAAGAAGAUGAGUGCAUUGCACAAGGCCAAUUCUACAGCGAUUCAACAUUGGAUCACUCAAAUUCUGGCAACAAGAAAGCUAUAAUUUCCCUACCGGUUCAUGAAUCUGUUUGUAAUAGCAAUUUGGAGGCUUCAACCUCUGAAUUUAAUUGGUCCGGAGAAUCGAUGCCUAUUUUCACUGAAGAAGAAGUUGAUUUCCUAUCAAGCUGCUUUUUGAACAAUAGCUAUAUAAUGCCACUACAUUCCAAUAUCAACUGA